GCAAAAAAAAGGGAAGCAAAAAAAAGGGAAGCAAAAAAAAGGGAAACAAUAAAAAGGGAAAUAUAAAGAAGGGGAUAACGAAAAGGAAGAGCACAAACAGAACCACCGACCGAACAAGCAGAAUGAAGGAUAGCACGACCGAGUGACGGGUGGCUCAACUAACAUAUGUACGGACGACACGGCGACGUGACUGGUGGCGCGUCAACGAGGGCCACGCCCCAACCAGCACGCGCUCUCUCAUAACGCGUAGAGUGGCCCAUCUCUCCAACUUGCGUUCCCCCCUUGGGUGGAGCUCCCAGUUGUGAGGCCCCUCCCCUGGGAUUGAACCCCCCUUCGGGUUGCUCAUCGGGUUGGCCAGCGGCGCCCUGUUUGGCGUGGCGCAUCUCCCCCGCAACCGCCCUGCAGCGCCCAGCGGGCGAUACGCACUCUGUGCUUCUACUCACUCCGUGCUUCUACUCACUCCCUUACUUCUACCCAUUUGCAUCCUGUUUACAUCUGUCCCCCCGUGAGCAUGGCUGCCGGCGCGCCGGGCGGCGAGGGGCUGCUCGUCCUGCGCGAGGUGACGCCCCAGGCGGUGGAAGAGGAGCGCAUAGCCGUCGACGUGGAGGGGGCAAUCGGUAAAGCGGCCAACCGCAAACUGCUGGGCAGGCUGAAGAAGAAGGUCCGAGAGGAGGUCCUGCAGAGGAAGCGAAUCGACUACCUGCCGGUGGGCGCAAACGAGCUGCCCCGGAAUUUACCGAAAACGAAAAAAAUAAAAAAUAAAAAGAUAAAGCAGAAGCUGAGCAGGGACGUCCGGCUGGCCAUCCUGUCCUCCAAGAAGCUGCUGGCGAAUAGGAGGUUUAAGCCGGUGGAGGAGGGGUUCAUUCGGCCGACCCCCGGGUUAGCGGCGUUAGCGGCAUCGGCGGGAUCAGCGGUAUUGGCGGAAUCCCCUCCAGGUGGGCCGCUCACCGAGGGGGAAUACCCCACUGCUGACACCCUUUCAGGACGCCCCCUGCUGACGCAGAAGGAGCUGUACGCCCGCGCGGACGUGGGCACCAAAAAGAAGGUGCUGGACCUGAGACUGAACCUGGGUCCCUACCGCUGCAGCUACUCGAGGAAUGGAAAGUACCUCCUCGCGACGGGCGAAAAGGGGCACAUCACUCUGGUAGAUACACACAACUUAGAACCCCUCUGCGAAUUAGAAGUGGAAGAAUCUGUCAGAUGCAGCACCAUCCUGCACAACCACAAGCUGUUUGCAGUGGGGCAGAAGAAAUACACCUAUAUUUACGAUAAUACAGGGAUGGAAAUCAACUGCAUAAAGGAUAUCCCCUACACCUACCAACUGGAAUUCCUCCCGUUUCAUUUCUUAUUAACGUCCAUUGGAGAGUUUGGAGAGCUGGUCUAUCAAGACAUAUCAAUGGGGAGCAUCAUUACGAGGAAGAGAACGAAAAGGGGUCCCUGCAAAGUGAUGAAGCAGAACAAGCAGGAUGCAACAAUCUACUUGGGCCAUCAAAACGGGCAUGUAACUGUAUGGACCCCAAAUAUAGACAAACCAGUGUGCGACCUGUACUGCCAUGCCACUCCCAUUUCGGCUGUGGCCAUUCAUAAGAACUACCUCAUCACUUCCUCUGUUGACUGUACCUACAAACUGUGGGACAUGCGGAAAUUGCAAUUAAUGGAAGAUGCGCGAUCCCAUAAUGUCAUCAACCAAAUGGAGAUUAGCACCACAGGGCUUGUUGCAAUGGCCAUAAACAGCCACUUUAGGACUUACGCAAAUUUCUUUACCAAAUCGCAACUGUACCUCACACACAACAUGCACGGGGAUAGAAUCAACUCCCUAUCCUUUCAACCGUUUGAGGAUAUAUGCUGCGUGGGUGCACGCCACUCCAUCAAGUCGCUCCUCAUUCCAGGGGCAGGACUAGCCAAUAUAGACACUUAUGUUAAUAACCCCUACGAGACGAAGAAGCAGGUGCGCGAAAAUGAAGUCAGGUCCCUCCUCGAUAAGCUGCCCCCGGACACCAUCACCUUUGGGGAGGGCCAACUCGGCAGGGUUAGCCCCUUCGCGUCCAGCCCGGCGCACGGGCAGGGGGCCACUCGCCAGGGAGCCACUCACCGCGGCAAUGGUGCUGGCGGUGGAGGGGGAGAAGCAGGAGGUGACGGGCAUCGCCGUCCGUCGAGCAAUAAACACCCCCGGGGCAAUGCCAUGCAGGGCAAACACCAGGUGGGGGACUCAUCAGACGGUUCCUCUCCCGAUGAGGCCAGCGGGGGACGCACGCGCGCAAGUGGGGGAGCUCCCCAGGAGAGGACGACAGCACCCCCUGCAGGGAAGAAGAAAAAGAAAAGCAGGAAAAAAAAAAAUAAAAAUAAAAGUAACUCCUUUUUAAACUCGAACGUGCCCAAGCAUUUGCGCAAGAGCGCCAAGGAUAGAGCGGCCGAGCGGGCGGCAGGAGUGGGAGCGGCGGUUUAA